AAGGCGAGCAGAUGGCCUCCUGGGGUCGAGAUAUAGCGCCGCUCGCUUUUAAGGUGUGGCAAAUUAAGUAGCGCCGUUGCCGUUCUAUAGAGUCUCUCGCUUCGGGUGUUUCGUUUUUUCUAGUCUGUGAGUGUAUCGAUCUAGUUCCCGUAUUCGGUUUCUGUCCUUGUUGGUUAAGUAAGUGACAUGUGUGACGGCUGGGCGGUUAAGUAAGUAAUGGAGUAGGUGAAGAAGAAGGAGUGGGCUCGCUAGUUGAUUAAUGGAGGGGCUUCGGAGUGGCGUUGAGGGUUCAUCUUCGCGCCCUCCGUCCCCCAACUCACUACCUACGUGCGGCGGCUUCUUCUUGUUCCCUCGUCACGUAUUUCAGUGCAUCAAUGUGGGUAGCCAUUCUUGCGCUUGUUCUAUGUAUCUUGUGGCUUGUGUCUUGGCCAGCGCGGCGUCUUUUCUUUGUGCUACGACAUUGGCUCAAGCUUCGAGAUGAGUAGACGUCUGACGUUUACGGACAUGGCUACUCCUUCUGAUUUGAGGCGAGAAGAAUGCGCAUGAAGCACAGCCGGCAAGCAACUGACUGCGCGCCCCUUACGACACCGACUGAUCUCCGGAUCGCUGUCGGCUGGGUUUCUCACGUCUGUCUGUGUUCUUCUCGGUGAGCUUCUCUCUCUGAACUCGUAGAGAGAGCGACCCGGCUUUUGCUUUCGCGACUGCUCUAACGAUGUUUUUGGAAUGUAGCCCGACUUCGUACUAUGAAGGCAGAAUUAGGCCAGUUGGAGCAUCUGAGGGAGAAGGAGGCAUCCUGGAACACAAAGGCAAGCAAGAGUCCGCAAAUAAAGGACGCGGCCUUGGAAAUGGAGGGCGAGCUGUUGCAGGACGAGCUUGCGGCAGUUGAGAGGUCGACCGAAUUGUAUGCGAUAGACAGGCGAAGUAUUCAGCAGCUCGAGGAGACAUUGAGCGCGGACGUUAGAGCGCUCGAGGGCAGCGACCACGGCGGCCUUUUCUUCGGUGGGAAUGGCGAUAGCGUAUUGCUGCUUCUUGGUCAUUUUUGCUUUCUUACUCUUUCAGCUUCGGGCCUCCACUGAUAGACUGAGGCUAGUUCUUGUUCCAGUCAUGUGUCUGGGUCUACGCCUGCUUACCAAAAGGAGAGCGCCGCACGCUUGUUGCCUUUUUCAGUACCGAUGGGCAUUUAUAUUUUUUAUUUGCUUUAUUUAAGUAGUUUAAGGCAUACAAAAAUACACUAGACAAAAAACUGGAAGGCGCGCCAAUAGUGGGCUGCUUGGAAUAAAGGGGGGCGCGCUUGAAAAAAGGGGGGCUUGAAUUGCUGAGCCACCAAGUAAGGGAAGGCGGUGACCGGCUGGCAGUCUGGGGGCUAUGGCUUAGCCACAGGCUGGCCCCAUGCGUGACGCUCUACUCUGGCGGAGCGGAAACCGUACGACGAGACGGGUUCGGGACGGGAUUCCACUGGGAUGAAGCUGCACUGAAUCAGGGCGGCAGCACGAGUGGUCUGAAAUCAAUCCAGAAGGGGUGGGAACGCGAGCAACAGACUGGGGACAGACAUGAGCUGCGCCCGCGAGGGGGGGAGCGCGUAAACAAAGCGGGCGCGCGGCGCGGAGGCGGGGGCCGUGCUUUGACAGGUUUGAAAACGCGCGGCGACUUAGCCAAGCAACUGGGUGAACACAGUCCAAAGCGAAAGGCGGCGGGAGCAGGACUGGAAUGGGAUGCAAGGAAGCCAGUCCAAGCUGGGGGGAAACGUCGCGGAAGCUGAGAGGCAGCCGGCAGUGCGCUGGGCAGCUGGCUCGGUAUUCGACGGAGCUGAGAGUGGGCACCAGGAUUAGGCUGCUGCUGUGCCAGGCUGAGGCCCAGGGCUCGAGUGGUGGAAACUUAGCGGCACAGCCUGAAGGGGUGAGGAGCUACGCCGGAGCCGGGCUUUAACGCAGCUGGGCUCGCUGCAGCUUGACGGAGCUGGGGCCGGGUUUUGUCGAGUGGGGUCAAUCCCGAUGAGGCUUCGCCGAAAGUGGCUGAGGCGAUUUGCGAGAUUUGGGAGCGGGCUUGCGCGGUUCUUGGGCUGAAGCGGAAGCGGGGGAAAGCUGAGCGCCCUAAGCUGAAGCCGUGCGGGGCUCGUUUGGGUCAGUGAAAUAUAUUGCACAAAGCUGCGCACCAGACUGAAGCUGAACCAAAGGGGGCGCCGGCCUGCCUUCUUUGUGUCAGAAAAUUGAAACCAGCCCGGGCGGGCAUAGCUGCUAUAGAGGUAGAGCGCGCGGAAGCGCGUGGGGCUUGGCAGUGUCGAAAUGCGUGGCGCAGUUUUUCUCAUCAGGGAGGGAAGGAUGAGAGAGCGCCAUGACAGUCCAAGCCGACUGGGUUGGCUGCAUGGCUGUACAAAGCGAAGGGAAGCGAGGGCGGGUGAGUGAAUUGCAGGCCAGUCGCUGCGCUGCAAGUCGCCCGCGAGGUCACCUGCAACGCACACGCGAGGCAGCUCGAAGGAACUAGAAGGGCCACCAUGGGAAGGCUCGCUUCGGCAGUAUGGCUGCCUGGUGUGGAUGGGGGUGCAGGGGUUACCAUCGUGGCGCCAAGUUGCUCACUGAAGCAGGGCCACCCCUGGGGGAUCGUGCUGCAUCUUGGUGCCUUGGCUGGCUACGUAGAAAGAAUCCGCAGCCUAUCAAAGAAAAAAAGUGCUCGUCCCCAGAUCCGGUCGCCGGCCGCGAAUUAAAUUGCCGCCAGGUGAGAAAGUGGAGCCGCAUAGCGCAAGGCGGUCCAGGUAGCCGGGCUAACUAUUGAGCCAGCGAAGGGCGAGGCAGUCGCUUGCUACUGCAGCUCGCUUGGCAAGGUUCUUUGGCUGCCUUAAGGCACAAAGCCAAGGAAAGCGAGCACAUGAGAGGCAGCGCAGCAGGCCGGCGCGAAGUCUGCUGCGUGUCAAUGUCAAAGCUUGCGGGGCCACUCCGAAGUUACUACGAACGGUGGCAAACGCCUUCGCCCGAUCCGGGUCCACUCGACCCAGCCACCCCCCCUCCCCUCCUCGGCACGGCAUGGAACCGCAAACGCGUGGCGCCGUCCUCACUGUUGGCGCUUCAAGGUUUACUCAUCCGGCGGCCAUGGCGUCUUGGCGAUCGCCGUCAGAGGAUUUGCUGAAGAGAUGAGCAAAAAGAGAAAGGCCAAGGGGUCAGCGAGCUUUUUUGUUUGUGUCUUAGCGUGGGACCUUUUUGGCACACAAAACCUGAGGAGUUUGCGCGGGGCCUAGUGGGUCUAAGCCUCAGACAGAGGAGGGCCCCGCGAAUCUCCGACAAAGGUGCCACGAAAAGGCACUUUAGUUUUAUGCCGCGCAUCUUGGAGCGAUCCGAAAAGGGUCCUCAGACUUUGCAUGACAGACACACAGACACACAGACCAACGCAAAGGGCAGAACCUUGCAGCCGCAGCGCGCCCGCCUACCACUGUUCUGCCGCGGCUACGCUGCGCCACAACCCGGCGCGCGCCAUCCGCGGCCUGUGCUAGCUUUGGCAGCCGCCCCCUUUGUUGUGCAGCCUCUCAGGGCCACCGCGUGACCCCUCUCCCGCAUAUCAACACGCGGAAAGGCGCCGAAGGUGAGACUGCAGCCAUCUUGGUCAGAGGACGAUCUCGAGGGACUGGCCAGGCAAGCCCCUUGGGUGUGUCUGGCUUCUCGUCAAAUUCUAGCCCACCACCGACGGCUCCCACACGCCAACAGCCCAAGCGGGCGGGCGUGGUGAUGCGCUUUCGGGCUCGCUGCUUAUCGCCGCGCCUAUUCUGCGGAGUUCCCGCUUGAGUUUAUUUCUUUUAAUUGCAGCGAGCAAGAUCUAAGGAUGGAGAUUUUUUCCCGUUCGAUACAGCCUACAUGUACAUAGGUGGGCGUGGAUGGUUUCUCAGUGGGAGAGACACCGCGCAGAAGGGACCACAAUCGACCUAGGGGCGCGCCAGGGGUCGCCUGUUCUGUAUCGGCAGGCCAUACCUCUGCACCAUCUACGUGCUGGCAAUGGGUGAGGAAACUGGGCGAAGGCUGGAAGGUGAAGGGCUGAGGGGAGUGGGAGUGACUACCUAGACCGGCAAAAGCGACGGAAGAGCACCGAAAAAGCGGGAAACCAAGACAGCCAGCGCAGGUGGAAACUGAGAAGGAAGAAGCGGAACAGCCUGGCCCCUGGAGAGAGGCAGCGAGCCACGCAGGGGGAUAGGACUGGAGUAGCCGGGUGCGCAGGGAGCAGGCAGAGGCACUGGCUAAGCCUCGAGCCUCGCCAUCUUUCUACGGCGCAGUCGAUGCGGGCCCACCACAUCGGGGCACACGCUGGAGAAAAUAGCAGCCUGAGCUCAGCUGUUGAGAUCUUUGAAGAAGUUCGCUCGCGAGGCAGGAUAGUGAACAAAUCGAAGGCAGAGAUCCUCACGCGAGAGAAACUGAGCCACCAAGAGAGAAAGACCCCAGGUGAGAGACCUGGAAGCAAAGACCUCGGAGCGAAGGGCACUGACCUGACCAAGAGGAGCGAAAGGCCCGCCCUCGGUGGUCUUAUAUAUAUCGACGGCGCCAGCCACGCAGCCGGGGAGGGCUGACUGGCUGAACAACGCCAAGGAGGUCGCGAGAAUGGUCGGGCUUUCUUAAGGGAUGAAAACAUCGACCAGGACCAGCGCGGCCAAUGGAUGGCGGCAGGGGCGCUAGUAGUAGUCGCCGCUGUUUUGCUCUACGGCUUGGACAGGUCCAAGGCCUCUGGCCAUGGCAUCCUGGAGCAGAUGCAACAAACCCAGACGAGACUGGUCGGCGAGAGCUAUGACAGACCUGAGGGAGGAGAGGAGGCGCGGAGAAGUUUGGGCAGAGAAGGGGGCGGCCUUAAUCGAUCCUCAUGACCAUCCAUGACAAAGGGGCUCGCAGAAACCGCCUUGAAAGGGGGGGGGCGUGGGGCUGUGGUGGGGUGGGGUGGGGUGGGCAGCGUGCUUGAAUGAGUGAGGGGGAAGCUGGCUGGAGGUGUGCUGGGUUAGAGUGGAUUGCUAGGGGCAGCUGGGUGGCGUUGCAAAUUGAAGCGGGCUGCGCUUGGUUGAGGGAAGGGGGGGCGAGAAGCGUGCUGCGGCUUUCUCAUCUGGAGGGGCAAGGGGCGGCUAUGCUGCUCGGGAGCUCGGUUUUGGCUGGGGGUGCUUGUGCAGGGGCUUCGCCUCCUUUCAAGCUGGUCGACUUUGUCUCAAAAGGACGGACUUUUUUCAAAGCGUUCGGCUUUUUCAAUAGGAAGGAUUUUGGUCGCUCCUUCGACUACCACAAGGUCCGACGAAGCCGAAAGUGAUUCUAAGGUGCCAGCAAAUUCUAUUCUUUGAAAGUCUACAAAAAAAGUCCAUCGCCCUGACCUCUCUCAUUACUUUUUCCGUUGGGUCUGAUGCGUCUGAUCUGUUGCUCCUUUCAAGUGUUUCGGCUUAUUCAAAUUCCCCGGCUUUUCUUGUUUUCUUUAAUUUUUUCGAAAAAACCAGGCGUCUGGCUUUGAUGUUCAGUCUAGCGCGGGUUUUGGCUUGACCGUGUUGAGGAGCGGUCCUGGUGAAGAUUCCGCUUCGUUCGUCAUCCGAUUCGAAGCAGGCGAAAUAGAUCACCGUGGUUUUGUGAAUUUUACAACUCUCGCGUCCAAAGAACCGGACGGACGUCCCCUCGUACCUGAUCACGAACAACUACGUGUGUGUGUGCGCCUUCGUCCAUGUGAUCCUGCUCCUUCUAGCUUCAUGCAAGCAAACACGGCAACCGCCUCCUUCUUCCACAACGUCCUAUCUUCUGCUUCCAACAACCCAGCACUCGUUCUUGGCUCCAGUGUGAUCUUCCUGGCGGGAUUCCUCUUCUGUUCGAAGCGCGCGCGCCGUACUGCGUCGCAGCUUUUUCGCUACAGCAGCUACUCACCUGACCAACAGACGAGCAUCACAGCAUCCACAAGCAGCGAGGGCAUUUAUGGCGCCCUGGAGAAUGGAGAAAAAGUGGCGGAGAUGUAA